AUGUUACUGACUUUGUAUUUCCUAUUUCCGGUAGCCUCCUUAGUCUAUAUUUUAUUGAUUUCUUUAGAAAGGCUACACGCUACAAUAUAUCCUUUCAAGCACUGCCUUAUUGUAGGAAAGGUUUACUUUAGGAUUAUUGCCUUUAGUUGGUUUCUGGCUUUCCUUCUAGCCUUUGUGUUUGCUUUUCUUUUUUUGCGUUUGUCGUUUGUAUUCCCAUACGUAUAUGCAUCUUUCGCUUUCAUCACCCUUCUAAUUCUCGCCGUCUCUUAUGUUAGGAUUAUUCUAAACGUCAAGAAACAUCCUCACUCGGCACAGAAUUUUGGCUCGUUACUUUCGGAGGAGAGAAAGCUAUCGCUAACUUUAUUUAUAAUGACUGUGGCCUCGUUUCUGACCAUUCUUCCUGCCGUUUUUUGGGAUGCCACAAUUAACCACUUGUCACUAGAUCAAGUUUCAUCAACGAUAGAUGAUCGUAUCUCUUAUACUUUUGACGCAUUAUAUUUAUUCAGUCCUAUCUUGAACCCCCUUAUUUAUGCUAUAAGAAUGCAGGAGUUCAGGAAAGCAGCUGAGAAAAUUAUUUGUAAGAAAAAAUCAGAAUCCAUA